GCCAUUCUAGAAUGAUAACCAGGUUGCCAUGGUGAUGAUCCCCCUGCUGCAUAGCAACAACAUCAGCACCGGGCUCAGCUCCGUGUUGGACCCCUCCGCCGCCGCCGGUCACACCGCCGCGCUGAGCCGGGCGGGUCACACCGCGGCGGCUGUAGUCCUCGGGUUCAUCCUUGUCCUGGGCUUCCUCGGUAACUUCCUGGUGCUCCUGGUGUUCUCGCGUUUCCCCGGGCUGGUGUCUCCGGUGAACCUGUUGCUGGUCAACAUCAGCGCCAGCGACAUGCUCGUCUGCAUCUUCGGGACUCCGCUCAGCUUCGCGGCCAGCGUGAGCGGCCGGUGGCUGACCGGAUCCUACGGGUGCCUCUGGUACGGUUUCUCCAACGCGUUUUUCGGUAUGGUAUCCCUGGUGUCUCUUUCUCUGCUGUCCUUUGAGCGGUAUUCUGUAGUGCUCCGCAGAACCCAGUCGGACUCCUCUCAGUACCGCCGGGCCAGGCUGGCUGUUGCGGCCUCCUGGCUCUACUCACUGGUCUGGACUCUGCCGCCGCUCCUGGGCUGGAGUAGCUACGGGCCGGAGGGUCCCGGCACCACCUGCUCCGUCCAGUGGCACCAGCGCUCGACCACAGCUCGCUCCUACAUCAGCUGUUUGUUCAUCUUCUGCCUGCUGCUGCCGCUGCUGCUCAUGUUCUUCUGCUACGGGAGGAUCCUGCUGGCUGUGCGAGUGGUGGCCAGACAGGUCACCAGCAUCAACCGGUCCUCAGCUGAGCGGCGGGAAGGCCGUGUCCUUCUAAUGGUGGUCUCCAUGGUGACAGGCUACCUAUUGUGCUGGAUGCCAUACGGUGUUGUGGCGAUGCUCGCCUCCUUUGGACAGCCCGGCGUGGUGCCGCCUGCCGCCAGUUUAAUCCCGUCUCUGAUGGCGAAGACCAGCACCGUUCUCAACCCUGUUAUUUAUGUGCUGCUCAACAACCGGUUCUCCAGGUGUUUCCUGUACAUGAUCAGGUGCAGCUCAGAAGCCCCGCCAACCUCAGGUCACCAAACACUGCCCAGCAGCAGGCGUGUGUGGCGUCACGCUCCCCAUCCGCCAACAGAGGAACAAAACACAGUGCAUGCCAUGUUCAGCUCCAGAGACCAGCAGGUACAGCGGCCUGCUCUGGUGCUAAUGGCUCAAUAUGCAACAUAG